AUGGGUGGAGCCACCGUGCUUUUGUUGAAUAAGUCCCGAGACAAAGUUCGUUCCAAGUACGAGCUCGUUCACUUGGUUCAAACCCAUAUGGGUGCGGAUGAUGUACAUUACAACUGCAUUUACCAAAGAGAAGAUGGAAAAGAGAUUGUUGGGGUUUCUUUGGCACGUGAACUAAUGGGCGUGGUUAAAGAGGCACUGAAAAUCAAUAUCACCACUCUGGGUCCAUUUGUAUUACCGUUGACAGAACAGUUCAUGAAACAAAUGUUUCAAGAUAACUCUUCUUCCUUCUUCUCCAUCGUGAAGCAACCCAAGCCAAGAAAGAAGAUUUUCAAGGCCAAAGUUAAGCCCUAUAUGCCUGAUUUCAAGCUUGCUUUCGAGCAUUUCUGCAUCCACGCGGGUGGAAGGGCGGUUUUGGAUAAAAUACAGAAGAAGUUGAAACUAUCAGAUUGGGAUAUGGAGCCUUCAAGGAUGACUCUACAUAGAUUUGGGAAUACUUCAAGUAGUUGCCUGUGGUAUGAGUUGGCAUAUUCGGAGGCUAAGGGUAGGAUCUCGGGUGGUGACCGGGUAUUGCAGAUUGCGUUAGGGUCGGGUUUUAAGUGUAACAGCGCUGUUUGGAGAGCUCUUAGGACGACUCCCAUGAAUGGGUCCAGAGGUAACCCGUGGAAGGGUGAAAUGGACAAGUAUCCGGUGAAGGUUCCUCUUUUUUAUGUUUCUGUAAUUUCUUUAAAUACUGCAAAUACCUGCAUUUCCUCCGAACUAAUCAAACGACAUGUAUCUGGAAAGAACAUUAUGCAUUCUUUACGUUUUCAAUAA